AGUUCCCUAACGACGGAUCAGCGCUUCAUUCGCGAACCACUGAGCUGUGAUGUUUUGAUAAGAAUUCUACGGGAAAGUUCAGCGGAUCGGACGACGAAGCAUACGCUAAGCCGACCGACCGGGGAACUGCGGCGAUAACUCAAACGUGCCAUUGCAGCAGACAGCGAAAGACGUGAGAGAAGCAAUUGAACUUUGUUAAUCAUCAAAUUAGAUCUAGGCCUAGGUCCGAUUCAAUUCAUUAAUUCGACAGGCGUGAAUGAGAACUCUCUUCAGUUCAGUCUUGGUGAAUAUUUUUUUUUCAAAGACAAAGUUGAAUAUCCAUUGAAAAUGGCUGUGCCUUUUUCGAACACAAAACUUCGAGUUCCGAGAGGUUUUCAAAAUCUUCUGGAAGGAUUGGCUCGUGAAGUCUUGAGGAAUCAACCUGACAAUAUUUAUGCCUUUGCAGCGAUAUAUUUUGACAACUUGCUGAAAAUGAGAGAACAGCAAGGAAUUGAUCCAGCAGAUAUUGGAGCAAGACAUGAAGACCGUUACUACAACAACAAAGCCUUUCAGAAUGGUAAUGUUGGUGACGUCAGUGAUCCUCAGCAGCAAGAAGCCGCUGUCAAAAUACAAUCAGCCGUCAGAGGUCAUCAGUCGCGAGAAUCAUCGCGUCCCGAGCCCGAAGCGAAACCGUCACAAGAAGAUGCGGCGGUCACGAUCCAGGCGGCGUAUCGGGGGUAUGAGGCUCGAAAGCGCGUUCACGCUUUGAAGGAGGGUGAGGCAGCUGCAACAACAGAGGGUGACACACAAGAGCCUGCAGCGGCGGCUCCAGAGCAACCACAGGAAGAGGAAGUUGACAUUGACCUCAAUGACCCAGAGGUCGAAAAAGCUGCCAUCAAAAUUCAAUCCUCGUUUAAAGGUUUCAAGACGAGAAGAGACAUGUCGGCCAAAAAGUCAGAAACAUCUGUGGCGGGAGAGACAACAGAACAGGCAGAACCGAGCCAACAGGAAGCAGGAACACCAGCAGAAGAAACGUCACAAGCGGAGCAAGCACCUGCAGAAGCUUCAACGACAGAGGCUCCAUCGGGGGAUGCCCCAGCGGCCCCAGCUCAGGAGGAGGAGGAGGUGGAUAUUGACCUGGAGGAUCCAGAGGUGGAGAAGGCAGCUAUCAAGAUCCAGGCUGGCUUCAAGGGUAUGAUGGUGAGGAAAGGAAAGAAAGAAGGAGCGAAGGAGGGGGAGGAGACGCCAGCGAGUGAGACACCGGCUGCAGCUGCAGAAGGAGAAGCCCAAGCAGAAGAACCGGCUGCAGAAACAACACAAGAAGAAGCUCCUGCAACCGAGGAAUCAAAGAAAGAGGAAGAAGAGGAGGUCGACAUCGAUCUCAACGACCCCCAGGUUCAAGAUGCAGCAGUCAAGAUCCAAGCUGGCUUCAAGGGUAUGAAGGUGAGAAAGCAAAUGAAGGAGGGUAAGAGCGAGGCAGGGGAUGAAGAACCCCCAACGGAAGGUGAUGCACCACAAGAAGGUGCUGCAGAACCAGCACCCACAGAGGAUGCACCACAGGAGGGAGAGCAGGCACCGGCUGCAGAUGGAGAAGCACCAGCAGAGGCUGAAGCUGGUCAGGCCGAGGAGGCUACCACGGCGGAAGGGGACGCCCCUGAAGCCGAGGCAACGCAGCAGGAAGAGGCAGCUACACAGGGAGAGGCUGCACCGGCAGAAGAGACACCUCCAGCAGAACAGGAGGCUCCAAAGGAGGAGGAAGCUGCACCAGCUGAAGGAGAAGCAGCGCCUGCCGAAGGAGAGGCAGCACCGGCAGAGCAGGCAGAGGCACCAGCAGAGGAUACAGCAUAAACACAGACUCAUAUUAAAACAGGUAGGAUUGGUGUGAUGUGACUCAAUUUCUCUUCAUUGCACACACUAAAGUACAUCUGCAA